UAUAGCCCUCAGUCCUCGAUAUGUCGCCUUCCUGGUUGGUUUACCUUUCCGCUUGUCUCAUCUGCUGCCUGGUGGCCACCACCACGGUUCGUGGUUUGCCCCUUCAGGAGGAUCAGGAUGCUAAGAUUGACAUCCCUGAUGGACGCAUCGUUGGUGGCUAUGUCACCGAUAUUGCUCAGUGUCCGUAUCAGAUCUCGCUGAGAUACAAGGGCAUCACCACGCCGCAGAAUGCUUACUCGCAUCGCUGCGGUGGUUCCAUUAUCUCCAGCAACGAGGUGCUAACGGCGGCGCACUGCGUCAUUGGAACGGUGCCCAGUCAGUACAAGGUGGUGGCCGGUAGCAAUUACCGCACCGGAUCGGAUGGCGUCAUCACCUCCGUGAAGGAGAUCAUCAUGCACGAGGGUUACUUCUCUGGAGCGGCCUACAACAACGAUGUGGCGCUGCUCAUCCUGGAUCCUCCGCUGCCCCUGAACAACUUCACCAUCAAGGCCAUUCAGUUGGCUUCGGAGCCACCGCUACCGGGAGCCAUAAGCAAGAUCAGCGGCUGGGGAACCACCUCCUCCGGCGGUACGGCCUCCGACGUUCUCCUGGCCGUCGAUGUCCCCAUAGUGAGCAAUGAGGUUUGUAAUCAGGAUUACGAGGACUUUGGGGAUGAGACCUAUCAGAUUACCAAGGAAAUGUUGUGUGCCGGCAAGCGCGGUGUGGGCGGUGCGGAUGCCUGCCAGGGUGACUCUGGUGGUCCGUUGGUUGUACGGGAUCAGCUGUAUGGAGUGGUAUCCUGGGGCAACAGGUGCGCUCUGGCUGAUUAUCCCGGAGUCUAUGCCAAUGUGGCCGAGCUCAGGUCUUGGAUUGAUGUCAACCGACCAGCGCUCUAAGGUAUAUUUUAAUUAUUUGUGAAUUUGUUCGAUUUCUGUAAAUAAAUGGGUUUUUGCAACCACGUGCCUUGGGGCUUUCCCUAAAA